AUGGCGGAGGAUUCGUUCAUCGGUCUUCCCAUGUUGGUGACGAUGCGUAAUCCGCCGGCGAGACUGAAGGGCACUGUCAGCGAAGUGCAGGCUGGACACGGCUUGACCCUGACCAAUGUUUGGAAUGUCGACAACAAUCGGUGGGAGCCGAGAGUCUCCAUUCUCUCCUCGAACAUUGUCGACAUUGUCUACUUGCGCGAAGAACCUUCUCCCCAAACCGCCGUGCCCCCUCCGGUCGCUCCGCCUGUUGCUCAACCGCCGCCGCCGACUAAGCCAGCAGCCUUUGUGGAUCCCGCCAUUCUAUCUGUUGGGAAGCGCCCUGGCUCUCUGCCAGGUCAUGCGUCGGAUACCUCCCGUCACCAACCUAACACGAGUGAGAAGAGAGACCCGACUCCGGCUGUUAUUCCGUCGAAUAAUGUUGUACCCAUCCCAUCCGGGACUGCCACCCCGACUCUCCCUGUAGUAGAUAGGCUGAGACGCCUGGAACUGGACGCUCAAACCAGCACCCAAGAGUCUGCGGACGAAGACCUUGCACACGAUGCCAGCUCGCAACAAGCAACCGCAGCCGCUCAGAAGAAAAAGAACAGACGGCCACGCAGGACUGGAAACAACUCGAGAAGUGGGCUACAGGAAGACUCAGAGGCGUCUCCGCAGGUCUCUCGCGCAACUACAAAGGGCAAAGGCUGGAGACAGACGCCUAUUUUGCAGAGUACCUCCUCCUUCCAGCCCUUCAAUUCUCUAAAGAAGAUGCGAGGAGCAAACGACAACGGUUGGGCUUCGGAAGAUGUCACUGAUGUGCAAGAAGCCGGCGAUUUUGACUUUGAAUCUGGUCUCGCUAAGUUCAAUAAGCAAGAUUUGUUUGAACAAAUGCGCAAAGACGAUCUGAUUGACGAGGCUGACCGCCUGGUAUCGCACAAUCGUGUACCCAAGCACAAACCUGGCACCGCCGGUGGCAAGAACCUGCACCAUUCGGAGAACGUCCUCGACAUGCCAUCUACCAUACUGAAGCCGAAGCCGAUCGUCAAGGAGACAUCCAACGACUUUUGGAACAGUGAAGCUGAUGACGGGGUGAUCAACGGAGCCGAUCGACUGAGUGGGAGAGAUCAAGCGAGCAGGCAAGGGUCACGCCGAGGGGACAACAAGGUGGCAUCCAACCGGAGGUCGAAUUCCCGUAAGGCGAGCGGCGUCCCGGCGGCGCACCCUUUGAGCAGAGUGAAUUCAUCUGGUGUAAGCCACUACCGCACCCUAUCAGCUAAGGGCAGUCGGCCGAGUAGUCGGCUCUCAGCGAGGGCAGCUAUCGUUGACAAAAAGAAGCAACCGGCGACAACGGUUGCAGCAAGUCCUCAGGGUCUCUACGUGCUUCCGUCGAAUCGCAAGAUUGAGCCCGUCUCGGCUCUGCAAAUGCUCAACCUAGAGAACAUUGCACACAACGAGAUUGGUCUUACAGAGGAGAUGAUGACCGAGAAUGCCGGACGUGGCAUUGCAGAGGUGACGCUUACAGCGCUCUCGGACCCGGCUAUCAAGGUGCGCCACUCAAGCAUCGUCGAUCCCACGUCCGGUAACCCGCCGCCACCGACAGUUGUUGUACUUGCCGGUAACAACAAAUCGGGUAUCCGGGCUGUUGCUGCCGCCCGGCAUCUUCGCAACAAGAACAUCAGCGUGAUCGUGUGCGUGGUUGGCCUUGAGCGUGGUGAGCGUGAUCUCCUCGAAGACAUGCGCCAGCAAGUUCGCCUCUACAAGAACAUGGGCGGACGCAUCUUCUCCAAGAGCGACUUUUUUGAGCACCUUCGCAAGAUCAGUAUUCCUAUGCUGACAAUCGACACACCUCGCUCGUCACUAAGUAGCCUCGCUAACCCGGCUCCUAUUAUGCUCAUUAUCGACGCGUUGCUGGGCCUGGCCAUUUCUUUUGAUGAACUGAGAAACGGUGAUCAGGCGACGGUCUAUGAGCUUAUCGAGUGGGCUAACCGUAAUGAGGCAUUUGCCCUUGCAGUUGAUAUUCCCACUGGCAUCGACCCAUCGACAGGCAAGGUUAGCGUUGUUGACGGUAACAAGUUGUAUGUCAAGCCGCGCUACGUUGUUGCCGUUGGUGCACCCAAGCGUGGACUGCUCGAGGCUCUGAUGGCGGCGGAGAACGAUGAUGGGGAUACGGUGCUGGCUGGCGGGGAUACCUCGUUGCCAGACGAUGCCGUGCUGGAGUGGAAACUCUACCUGGUGGAUCUGGGUCUUGGCCCUGCCAUGUGGAAGAAGGCAGGGACGAAGAUGCGUAGGGGCAUCGACUUUGAGGACCGUUGGGUGGUGGAGAUGAAAUAUCGCGGACUAGUGGAGGAGGAGGAAGAAGAGUUGGUUUAGGCAUCUCGCUGAUUCCCCGUAUGUCGGAUGCCUACGCCGAGUCACUGAGGUGGUAUCCAUCC